GGAGUAAGUUGCGACUCCUGUUUAAAAGGAAACUUUCGGGGUCGCAGAUACAAGUGCCUAGUGUGCUACGAUUAUGAUUUAUGUGCUAGCUGCUAUGAAGCUGGAGCGACAACAACGCGGCACUUAUCAGAUCACCCAAUGCAAUGCAUAUUAACAAGAACUGAUUUUGAACUUUAUUACGGCGGUGAAGGUGUAAGUGUCGAGCAACCUCAGUCGCUGACUUGUCCCUACUGUACCAAAAUGGGGUUCACCGAAGCAACUUUACAGGAACAUGUAGCAUCUGAUCACCCGGACACUACAUUUGAAGUGGUAUGUCCGGUGUGUGCAUCACUACCGGGUGGUGAUCCGAACCACGUGACAGAUGACUUUGCGAAUCACUUGACUGCGGAGCAUCGCAGCGGACCUAGAGAUUUGAUAUCUUUCUUAGACGAGCCGACAUCUUCUCGGCACGGUCCUCGACGAAUACCACACUCUUCUCGUGGUGUUGGUGGUCAGCGAACUAGACGUGACGACAGGACCUUCAGGUCCAACAUGCUUUUCAGUUCAUCCGGAGGACUGAGUCCUAGCAGCCGUGACAGUAUAGACCCGAUCGCCGAAUUAUUGUCACAGUUGUCUGGAGUGAGACGUACUGGAGCCAGCACUGGCCAGACUACACAAUUACAACAGUUGCAGAUGCAACUGCAGUUGGAACGCCAACAAGUCAGGGCUGCUACGAGACAUCAGUUGGAGCGACUGCCCAGAAGACAACCGCAGGCGAUUGGUUCUGUCAGCGGUGGAACAAGCGGAACUGGAAGUGCCGCAAGUGGAAGUGGUGCCAGUAGCAGCGCUAUUGGCAGCACCAGCGGCAGUGGAAGUGCUGGUGGUAGCGGAAUUAGUUCUGGUACUGCUGGUAGUGCUGGUGGGAACCAUCAUCACUCGACAAUGGCAGGUGUCGUUGCUAACAGUUCAUCGAGCAAUAACAAUACGAGUAAUGUUAACCCGUCCAGCGGAUCGUCUGCCAAUUCACAAAACUCUAUGUUUUUGUUACCUAGAUGCAUUACAACAAGCCUAUCAGAAAACCAACUUCAUAACAUAGAACGUGAUAAUGCAAAUCGUAGUUUAUUUGUGCGUGAAAUAGUACUUGGAACUCUCAGUCACACGGUAACCGAAUUAACAGAACAAUUAGAAAAACAGCAGCUCGAGUUAGAGUCACAGACGGCAUUAGAAGCGCUAAAAAAGUUGCUGAGAACUUCGACAACGAGUGAAGAAACUUGCACCACAACCUUAAGUGACUCUGCUGAAAGUAAUAAAGACAAAGACAAGGACAAGGACGACAAACCUCUAGAAGAGAACCAGUCUUGUCAUUCACCGCCAUCUGUGCCAGAAGCUCCCAGGGAACCCCAGGAACCUGUCACUUCAGCGCCACCUGGACAAGCUUCACCACAAACACAAUCCCAGUAUACAGUAGCCUCAAAUACGCAUACCACUGCUACCAGCAGCCUCGCUACCAACUUGCAAACCCAAGCUGGACUUCCAUCAGCUAAUAUUCAGACAAUUAUGCACAGCGUCUUACCUCCUCCGCCGUUGGUACUGCAGCAACCACUGCCGCCAUUACCGCCAACCCGUAACACGGGAACCGGAACGAUCCGAGAGUCCUCGACAACAAUCGCCGGCUCGCAGCCGCCAUACUUAACCACUCGAGGUGUUAACGUUACCAGCGGCGUUAACUCCGUCAAUGUGACAAAUUCUUCUCGGCGAAAACCCGUCCGGUCCGUCGACGGGCGGAACCAGUCAACGGAACCCCCGCCACCCCACUAA